ACUCUCGUGAAAUCGAGAAGUACCUACCAGCUCGUCGACAAGGUGGAUCAAACAUCGAACACGGAGAAUGCGAAUAGAUCCGGUGGGACAGACGAUUACCUUCGCGUUCCUCGCAUCGUUGCUGAGCUCGGGCCUGAACACGGUUUCAAGCGCACCCGCUUACGGCCCCCGCACCGCCGUAUCCAACGCGAACAACAUGGACCGGUGGUUGCAACCAUGCGGCAACCCGGUCGCGAUGCAGUUCAAGAAGAUGCCACAGAGACACAGCGUGCAUAGAACGUUGAAAAGAGUGCGGACGCAGCUCCGCGUUGCCCAGAAUCACUUCAGAAAGCAUCUGGAUGAUGUGCACGAGAUAUACUCGAAGGUGUACUCGUUGAAGGGGCAAUACAGAAUGCCUUGGCUCCCGGAGAAGGAGUUCGAGUGGUAUUUCAGGGAGGUUUGGUGUCUCGAAAAGGGAAAGAAAGCUGACCGCGCGCUUCCACAUCUCUACGAUUCGCUGCAAAGGUUCGCCAUCACGUUCCAUCAUCUCAGAACUUUCCGCCUGAAAUCUAACAUCAACGUUGACCUCACGAUGGACAGGAGAAACGAGAUUAUCAAUCAAAUGCACAAUGAGAUUCUUAGGGUAUUGUGCGAAGUGGAGACCGCCAUUCUAAACUUAGGGUUACAAGUUCCCGCGGCGCACACGGCAAAAAUAGUGACGGAAAGUUCAAAUUGGGCGAAGGAAGCCGACCUCACUUCGAUGUUGAUCCAAGAUUGGGGCGUGAUAAGAUUGUAUCAGGCGUUUCUGAAAGCUUGGACGAAAGCUUUCCGCGACGCGACCGCGCUUGGACCGGGGACAUGCGAUCCUAAUAGGCCGAAUCCAGGAGCUAAGAACAUUAACAAAGGAUCUGGGCCAAAGGGUAAAAGGAUAUCGAAGAUUAAGAAGCAAAAAAGGCCAGUUAGAAAGCAUUCAGAGGGCGGUGGCCAGAAUAGUUCCUUGCCUCAGGGACCAAAAAAGAGUAUUCCGAGGAACAGACUGCUGAAAAACAAACAAAAGAAGGGAAUGUGA